ACAACGUGCGACUGGGGACCUCGAAAGACCUCUCCGCUGAUCAGGAGACACGCUUGAGACGCUCGGCGACAACGAAUAAUACGUGCCACAGGGUGCCGGCGACGAGUGCUCAGAUUAUUACCGCUGUAUACGUUCGUGUCCCGACGUAUAUCACCCCAUUUGGUAUAAAGAUCAAGGAAAUUUCAAAGGAAGCAUCAUAAAGACAAUUAAAAAGACAACACGUCAAAGACGCCCAAGAUUUGCGAACAUGCGGUACAUCGUGUAGAAAGUGAUACAACCAGUGAUAGAAACCAACGCGAAACGAUAGGUAAAGAAAAAGACACGAUUCUGCGCGAGCGAAUGAGAACUGUCAUCUAGUGAGAACAGUGCAUUGUGAGACACAAUCCUUUAGUGCGCGCUUGUAUUUCGAACUCGUGGCACGCACGUUUCGGACGCAUGUGCAUUGACACGCGGUCGGUGCGCCCGCUUUGACGAUGCAACCCGGAACGACGCGACACCGUCAGUGGUAAGCGGACAUUCAUGUACCGCCACGGGCUACCGGCCGCUGGCGUUCAAGUGAUAACGAUUCAUGCACGCAUUUAAAGAAACGUGGCACCGAACGUAUUCGCUCUGACGGAGAGACAACCAGUGGAGUCUCUCGCGGAAGCGCGAAGGGGUGGUGAACGAGGGGGCGACGAAGGUUUCUGCAAAGAGUGGCAACGCGAAGGAGGAAGCCUGUUGCCCCAAGAGAAUCCCUACGGCCUCACCACGCGGUCCGACGAGUGGAGCAGUCUCCUGCCCAGCUCCACGAUCGUGGGUGCUGGGGGGUCGGCAUGGCUCGGACUCGGCGCCGGGGGUGGUACCGGGGCCACCACGGGAGGCGGAAGUCCCGUCGAGCUCGAGGGUCACUGGGGACGUAAGCUAUACGGCGCGAGUGUGGCCCCGCCGCCCCCGCCGCCUCAUCAUCAUCCACGAGCGCCGUUGGUUUUCGCGCCUCAAGAUAUGAGGCAAAUAUUGAAGGAGGAACCUGUACCACGUGCUUGGCCGCAGCCCGCGCUUGCCGACAAUGGAACGGUUGGCGUGGGCCGAGCGCAUUUUGAAAAACAACCACCGAGUAAUCUGAGGAAGAGCAAUUUUUUCCAUUUCGUAAUCGCUCUUUACGAUCGACACGGCCAACCUAUCGAGAUCGAGAGGACGUCGUUCAUGGGCUUCGUCGAAAAAGAUCAGGAGUCCGAAGGUCAAAAAACGAACAACGGUAUCCAAUACAGUCUACAUCUACUCUACUCCAAUGGUGCCAGGCAGGUGCAGGAUAUUUACGUCAGGCUUAUAGACUCCGCGACAAAACAAGCAAUCAUGUACGAGGGACAAGAUAAGAAUCCGGAAAUGUGCCGUGUUCUUUUAACGCAUGAAGUUAUGUGCAGUCGAUGCUGCGAUAAGAAAAGCUGCGGCAACAGGAACGAAACGCCCAGCGAUCCUGUCAUCAUCGACCGAUUCUUCCUCAAGUUCUUUCUCAAGUGUAACCAAAACUGCCUCAAGAACGCUGGCAAUCCACGCGACAUGAGACGCUUUCAGGUGGUCAUUUCUACACAAGUGGGAGUGGAGGGACCAUUACUAGCGGUCUCGGACAACAUGUUCGUUCACAAUAACAGCAAGCACGGACGCAGGGCGAAACGUUUGGAUCCCAGUGAUCCUGGCGAAUAUAAUAGUUUAUAUCCGCCAAUACCUCUUCAAACACCGUGCAUAAAAGCGAUAUCGCCUAAUGAAGGUUGGACGUCGGGUGGAUCUACCGUCAUAAUCAUCGGUGAAAAUUUCUUUGAUGGAUUACAAGUAGUUUUCGGAUCAAUGCUAGUUUGGAGCGAGUUUAUCACUGCACAUGCAAUCAAAGUACAGGCACCGGCACGACAAAUACCCGGCGUCGUUGACGUCACGUUACAUUAUAAAAGCAAGCAAUUUUGUAAAGGAGCGCCCGGUAGAUUCGUUUAUGUCUCGGUGAACGAACCAACGAUCGACUACGGCUUCCAAAGGUUACAGAAACUCGUUCCGCGGCAUCCGGGUGACCCCGAGAAACUUCCCAAGGAAAUAGUACUAAAACGGGCGGCGGAUCUAGCAGAAGCCAUUUAUAGUAUGCCCAAGGGCGGAAAUAUGGGGAUCACGGGGGCACCCAGAAGUCCCGGUUCGGUACAUGCUCCCGCGCCUCCUACAUCAAGUUCGGCAACGGCCUUUAACUCGUAUACAGGGCAGCUCGCGGUGACGGUGCAGGAGAACGGUAGCGCGGCGAAAUGGACGGACGACGGUAGUUCCGUGACGACAGGAGCUGCUGCCGAUGGAGGUGGUGGCGGCGGCGGCGGCGGCGGCGGCGGCAGCGGUGGCAGCGUCGGUGCCAACGUCGGUAGUAGCACCGACGCCUAUAGACAAAGUAGCAGUGCCAGUCCACGUGGUGUCGUAACUGGCGGUGGUUAUUGCGGUAGUUCGGCCAGCACACCACAUAGUCACAGUACCAAUGGAAGUUACUCUGUCGCCAAUCCCUACACCGGCAGUCCGACUCUCUACACGUCGCGACUAGGAGAAGUGGUUGGAUCACCUUUCAACAUGAACCCGUUUAUGUUGCCUACAUGCAACCAAGGAUAUUCAGCCGCUGCCAGUCCGUUGCUUUCGUCAAACGGCAAAUAGUGUUACGAGAUGUAAGCUCCGACGAAAAUGUGAUGAACGGCAAUAUUCGCGGAGACAUUAUACGCGAGCUAAUGAAUUAAUACGUGCGACCGUAUCUAGAUAAUUAUUCAGAUAAUCUUUAUAAACUAUCUGCGUAAUUUUCUCAUCGACGCUCGUAUUUUGCCUUCGCGAAUUUGAAUUAUAUACUUGUAUAUGAGACUUUUAUUCUCUUUUUUUAUUUCUUUUAUGAUAAAAAGAGAAAAAAGCCUCAUACUCGUUUUCCAUCAACAUUUUCGUCGGAGUUAAAGUCAACAAGCUCGUAAAAAAUCGUGCAAAUCAGUGCAAAAAUCUAUAACAACUAUCUUACAUCGAUCACUAAUGAUCGCACUAAUUAAGAAACGAUACAUAUCGAACAACGAGAAGGUGUCUUUUUAUAAACCUAAUAGCUCGGUCAUGCGAUAGUUCUCAAAUAAUUGUUCUUAAGAAAAAUAUCUUCUUUUGUUUUUCAUAACAAUGUUCUAGCAAUUAAUAGUUAAUGUUAAAUAUUUACACAAAAAAUGAAUUCGAUCGAUAUUCGAAAAUAUACUUAUAAUGCAACUUACUUGCAUAUUUGCAUUCCUAUUUUCCCUUCAUCUUAUAUACAUUAUUUGAUUCUAUUGUUCUUGCGGCGAUUCAUUAAUUAUGAUCUCUAUUAAUGUAAAAUUAUUUUGAAAAAUAUUAAUGAUGAAAGAUAUUCUUCAUUAAUUAUGACAUUGUUAUUAUAUAAUAAAAAUAUACUUGCUAUAUUUAAUAUUGCUGAUAAACAAUGUCUUUAAUAUAUAAUUGUCUCUAUUAUAAAAUAUUUUAUUUCUAUAUUUCAAGCAAAAUGGAUUAAAUAAAUUAUAAAUUUGAGAACCAUUCGCAUGAAUCAAGUGAAAAAGCUGAAAUGGUAUCAAAUGUUUUAUAUCAUUCAAACUAUAUACAAAUUCUGAUGUGAAGAAACUGACACCGCUCGACGGACAUAUCGCUUAUCAGUGAAUAACAGAUACCAUAGUUUUAGAGAGCAUUUUCGACUUCAAAAUUUUAACUUCGUACCCCUACGAUUAAUAAUUAAUCAAUAUCGCCUAGUUAACGUAACGUGUAACUUAUAAUUUGUAAAAUAUCUGUAAAUAUUGUUGCAACGUGUACAAAAAGAAAACUAUUUCCAGGAAUUCAACGAAAUGACAUUAACGUCAUUCUCUAGAGUGAAAAUUAUUAUACAUAGGUGUAAAUAAAUGUAGAGCGUACGUAGCGCAUCCGUAUUAUUGUAUCAGCGUCAUCCAAUUUUUUAACGUAAUUCCAAUCACACGAGUCAUACGUCUCCGUAUAUAUUUCGCAAACGAACCAAUUAAAUUUGUUGUAAUCCGCUCCAUAUUUUUCGCUUUAAAGCAAAAGCUAGAUAAAUGGCCAAUAUCUGGAAACGAAAUCAGGUUGACGAAAACGUUAAAAAGUUGGAUCGAACGCGAUCUGUAUAAAAACGUAUAUACAUAGUUGAUUUUGAUCGUUUGAUAAGAGACUUGAUAAGAGCCGGUCCGAAACUUAAAAAAAAAUCUCAUACAACUCACGAAAGUAUACGAAACAUAUAUCAGAUUGAAAUCCCCCAGUUAAUCCCCAAAAGCAGUUUUACAGCAGUUUACGAGUGUAGUUCAUAUCGUUUGCGAAAAUGUUAAAAAUUAUUAUUAUGAAGAGUUCCUUUUUGCAUAUCGACUUGGCAUGUACUUUUCUUCUAAGAAGAGCGCAUUCUUCGUCCCAGAGCCUGAUCGCUCUGUGAUCUUGUGAUGUUGAUUAUAUACAUGUAUAUUGAUUGUCACCUUAGUUCAAACAUCACGUCACGUCAUCUUUUACGAGACGCGUUGUUCUUGUACGCACGCAAAAAACACGAUCCGCACGCUCGCGCGUAUGGAGACACUCGUCUCUCUCGGUGUAUAUUGAAAUAAAUUAAACUUAAUUUUUGAGAACUAAA